ACUGUAUAAGUAAGUACAACUGCGAUCGUAUCCAUGAGCAGUAGCGACAAGUGAUGUGUGUAGUACAUCGUUGAACUGCAAUUUUAGAAGGAAAUAAUCGCGAUACUUUCUGUAAAGUUAGUUUCACGAUUUUGUUUUUGUAUCGCUGACUCUAAAAUGUCCAAACAUGUGAAUACUAAUGAACACGUGUGUACGAUCAUGAAGUGAUAGGUUAGAAAGUGUGAUAGUUAUGAAACAAAUAAUAACACCAAACAGGAAAGUACUCGACGAACGUGAAAAAGUAUAAAAUGUCGAGACGACCAGAACACUUAGCUCCGCCCGAAGUGUUUUACAAUGAAUCGGAAGCACGAAAAUACACACAAAAUUCACGAAUGGUAGAUAUACAGGAGCAAAUGUGUAGACGUGCCAUAGAGCUUCUAUUACUGCCAGAGGAUAGAACUUUCUUGCUUUUGGACAUUGGGUGUGGGUCUGGUUUAAGUGGCAAUGUAAUUGAAGAAUAUGGACAUAUAUGGACAGGGGUCGAUAUAUCUUGGGCAAUGCUUGGUAUAGCUUUAGAAAGGGAAGUGGAUGGAGAUUUGAUUUUAGGAGAUAUGGGUCAAGGAAUGCCCUUUAAAGCUGGAAUCUUUGAUGGAGCAAUCAGUAUUUCUGCAUUACAAUGGUUAUGCAAUGCUGAUAAAAGCUCUCAUAAUCCAUCGAAACGACUGUAUAAAUUCUUUUCCACAUUGUUCUCAUGUUUAUCAAGAUCUGCUAGAGCUGUGUUUCAAUUUUAUCCCGAAAAUGGCGAACAAAUUGAACUAGUCACAACACAAGCGACAAAGGCGGGUUUUUAUGGCGGUGUAGUUGUAGACUUUCCCAACAGUACAAAAGCGAAAAAGUAUUUCUUGGUUCUAAUGACUGGUGGACCUACUGUUCUUCCGCAAGCUAUAGGUGUAAAUGACGCCGAAACGGUUAUCUCUUACGCAUCUAGAAGGGAACAAAUGAGAAAGGUCAGAGGUAAGUCGCUCAAAAAUAGUAGGAACUGGAUUAUUGAGAAAAAGGAGAGACGACGAAAACAGGGGAAAAAAGUGCGAGAAGAUUCAAGAUAUACUGGAAGAAGAAGAUGUGGUAAAUUUUAA